AAAAAUAUAAUAUAACUUAUAGCUUGAGAAAAUAUUUUGUUUCCUUUUUUAAAAGAUUUCAAAUAUGAAAUAACACAAUCCUAUUGGUUGGUGAACCUAGAAGUUCAACCUAGGGAGUGAACCCAAUAAUAAGUCAUAAAAAAAUACAUCCAAAUCCAGCGUAACCAAAUUCUAAUAAAUUCUGAUGGACAUUGAAUAACAGUAGAUUUUAAUUCACGUUUAGCAAAUCCACAAUUGAAUAACACUAGAUUUAAUUUCAAAUUUAAAUUCCAUUAAAUUCUAUUAAAUUACCAAAUUCAAUAACGCCUCCUAAAUUUAGUUUCCUUUUCUUAACAAAUAACUAUAUAUAUGAUAAAUUCUAGGCAAAAUUUCCAAGUUUAUACCACCCGUUUAACUAUAUAAAGACCUACAUCAACAAACGCUACACAUACAGAUUUAAGAAAAAAAUAACUACGUCAAAAAAAAUGGACCAGAUCAGAUUUAAAGAUGUUGUUUUAACCAUCGCAAUAAUUUUUUUGUUGGUCAUUGCAGAACAAGCUAAUGCAACCUCUGUUGAUGCCGACUGUUAUGGACCGUGCAAUAACCAUUGUGAACAAACUUGCAAAAGUAAAGGUUACACAGGUUGGUUUUGCUCAGCUUUUAGAUUCAAAUCUGGCUGUUGCUGUACACCAAGGAAGAAAAUCUUUGGACAAUUUGUUCAAUUGAACAACUAAACUUUUGAUGUAAUAGUAGUCUCUAAAGCCUCCAGCAAUAAAAAUAAAAUAAUAUUUUUAAAA